AUGACACUUAUAUUUCAGGCAUUCGUGUCAGACAUCUUUGAGAAUGAAGUUGCUGUAGCGUUUGAGAAUGACUGGCUGCCUCCAGCAAGGUUCCCGUUCUCUCGGGUCCGCUUACCUCCCAAGGACCUCCCUUCAAAGGAUAUACAGUAUACAGAGGCCCAGGAAGUGGAAGUUUAUUCUCGUGCCAAUGAACAAGAGGCCUUUGGCUGGUGGUCUGUUGUGAUCAAGGUGGGAUUUAAACUAAAGUUUGAUUCCUUGUUCUAUGCACUUUUGAUAAAAGGGGAGUUCUUUGUUGUGGACUAUGUGCCUGGUGAUGGGAACAGCAAGGAGAUCCUGCCCAUUGACCGGCUCCGGCCCAAGAACACAAACCCGCCCAUUACAAAGAGCACAUUCGUAAAGUUUGAGCUCUCUGUACCUGAGGAUGUGCGGGACUUUUUGAGAGCUCCCUCAGUCAUGCAGGUGCUUUGUUCUUCACCUGUAUUGCAGUUGAUAAAAGGGGAGUUCUUUGUUGUGGACUAUGUGCCUGGUGAUGGGAACAGCAAGGAGAUCCUGCCCAUAGACCGGCUCCGGCCCAAGAACACAAACCCGCCCAUUACAAAGAGCACAUUCGUAAAGUUUGAGCUCUCUGUACCUGAGGAUGUGCGGGACUUGUGA